UCUGAAAAGUCCGAUGGCAUUUGGUAAAUUUUUAAAUUGCUCAGUGACAUUUGGUGAAAUUUCCGUUUUUUUAUUCUCCAAUCAGAGUAGUUACCGAGUAAUUGCCUAAUUUUUUUUUUUUUUUUGACACAGAGUAAUUGCCUAAUUGGAGACUAGAGUUACAUAAUUACCGAGUAAUUUCAUAUUAAAAAAAAUAAUAAUAAAAUAAAAUAAAAAUUCCCCUCAAAAAAAAAAAAAAAAAAACAAAACAAAAAAUUACCGAGUAAUUUCAUAAACAUGUAGUCCUACUCCUGAUAUAAUUAUACAGAGUAAUUUCCAAAAAAAGAUAACAUCAGAAAUAAAUAAAAAAAACGGUAAUAGUGGCAAAACCGUCUUUUUCGUAUAAACAAGUUCUAUAUAAAUGAAUCUCUAUUUCUUAAUUUCAGUGUUUGACUCUUGAUUUAAUUUUACUCUCUCUCUCUCUCUCUCUCUCUCUCUCUCUCUCUCUCUUAAUCACACUUUACAGAAAGCUUCAAAACAAAAAUUUACAACUUUCAUGGAUGCUAAUUGAAUUACAUCACCAAUUUCUCCUGGGCACUAAAGAGAGAUUUUGCUGGUUUUGUACCUUGUUCACAUCAUAAUUCCAUCUCAACAUGGCUGUAAAUGUUACUGCUUGUCCAAAGCCGAUGCAGGCUACCUCUACCGGAAUCUUCCAAGGAGAAAAUCCUCUUGAUUUUGCUCUCCCCCUUCUUAUCAUACAAAUAAUCCUUGUUCUCGUCCUCACUCGUACCUUGGCUUUCUUGCUUAGACCUUUGAGGCAGCCUCGUGUGAUCGCUGAGGUUAUUGGAGGAAUCUUACUAGGCCCAUCUGCUAUUGGUCGUAACACAAAGUUCCUGCAUGCAGUAUUUCCUCCCAAGAGUCUUACAGUGUUGGACACACUUGCCAAUCUCGGGCUCAUCUUCUUUCUGUUCCUUGUGGGUUUAGAAUUGGAUUUAAAAGCAUUACGCCAAACAGGAAAGAAAACCAUGAGUAUUGCUCUUGCAGGCAUCACAUUGCCGUUUGUGAUGGGGAUCGGUACAUCAUUUAUCCUUAGGGCAACCAUUUCAAAAGGCGUAAGCCAAGGACCCUUCCUUGUAUUCAUGGGGGUUGCCCUCUCUAUCACAGCAUUUCCUGUCUUAGCUCGUAUCUUAGCUGAGCUUAAGCUCCUAACCACUGAUGUGGGACGUAUGGCUAUGUCAGCAGCUGCAGUAAAUGAUGUGGCAGCCUGGAUUCUCCUUGCUCUAGCCAUUGCUCUUUCAAGCUCAGGCAAAUCUCCUCUUAUUACCUUGUGGGUAUUUUUGUGCGGUGUAGCUUUUGUUUGUUUGUGCAUUCUUAUAGUCCCUCACAUCUUUAAGUGGAUGAAUCGGCAUUGCCCUGAUGGUGAGCCAGUGGAUGAGCUUUUCAUUUGUGCCACAUUAGCUGCAGUCUUGGCUGCUGGUUUUGUGACCGAUACUAUUGGAAUCCAUGCCCUUUUCGGUGCAUUUGUUCUUGGGAUUCUAGCGCCGAAGGAAGGGCCUCUUGCCAAUGCCUUGAUAGAAAAGGUUGAGGAUCUUGUGUCUGGCCUCCUGCUUCCUCUGUACUUUGUUUCGAGUGGUCUUAAAACAAAUGUGGCCACCAUUCAAGGGGCUCAGUCAUGGGGGCUACUAAUGCUUGUUAUACUAACUGCCUGUUUUGGCAAGGUUGUUGGGACUUAUAUUGUAUCUCGCCUCUGUAAAAUACCUGUCAACGAGGCUAUUGCUCUUGGGUUUUUAAUGAACAGCAAAGGUUUGGUGGAGUUGAUUGUCCUGAAUAUUGGUAAAGAUCGAAAGGUGUUGAAUGAUCAAACUUUUGCAAUAAUGGUUCUUAUGGCCCUAGUCACCACUUUCAUGACAACACCAAUUGUGACAGCAGUGUAUAAACCAGCUAAGAGAAGACGCGCUUAUAAGCUGAGGACAGUCCAAAGAAAAGACUCCAGUUCCCAACUCCGAAUUAUGGCAUGUUUCCACAGCGGAGGGAACAUUCCAACAAUGAUAAACUUGAUUGAAGCUUUGAGAGGAACAGAGAAGAAGCAAGGGCUCACAGUCUACGCGAUGCAUCUCAUGGAGCUUUCUGAAAGAUCUUCUGCAAUUCGAAUGAUUCACAAAGCCAGGAAUAAUGGGCUUCCCUUCUGGAAUAAGACAAUGAAGUCAGACUCAAACCAAGUUGAGGUGGCUUUUGAGGCAUAUGGGCAGCUCAGCCGGGUUCAAAUCAGGCCCAUGACAGCUAUCUCUCACUUCCCUGACAUGCAUGAAGACAUAUGUGCUAGUGCUGAGAACAAAAGGACUGCUCUCGUUAUCCUUCCCUUCCACAAACACCAAAGGGUUGACGGAUCAUUAGAAGCCACACGACAGGAGUAUAGAUUGGUGAACAAGAAGGUGCUCCAACAUGCUCCUUGCUCAGUUGGUAUUCUAGUAGAUCGCGGGUUUGGUGGAUCUUCCCAUGUAGCAGCAAGCAAUGUUGACUCCACCAUCAGUGUUUAUUUUUUUGGCGGACCUGAUGACCGUGAAGCAUUGGCUCUGGGUCUACGGAUGUCAGAGCAUCCUGGGAUUACCCUGAGGAUAGUCCACUUCAGAGCAGACCAAAACAUGGGGAAAGGUGAAAUAGUGGCACUCGAUAUUAUUGAUAGUAGUAGCACCGGAAACAAGGGUGACUCAAGGGCAUCUGACGAAGAGGCCAUCAAUGCUGUUAAGCAAAAAGUGUCCGAUGGUGGUUCAGUCAGGUACGAGGAAAGAGUAGUAACAGAAAAUUCUGAUACUGUCAGCAUAAUCAAGGAAUGUAGCCGUUGUACAAUGGUUUUGGUAGGAAGAUCACCAGAAGGCUUGGUUGCUGCAACUUUGGGUCUUACUGUAAAGCGAAACUCCCCUGAAUUAGGUCCAGUUGGUGCAUUGUUGACCUCUCAAGAGAUCUCAACAAAUGCUUCUGUUUUGGUGAUUAAUCAAUUCAAAGGCGAUUCAAAGCCAGUAUCCCUCGAGGAGGCAGAAGAGGCAACUUACGAAACUGAAAGUGAUUAAUCGAGUUUAGUCAGACUUAUGUCCAAAGGAUCACAGUCAGAGAAGUAUAAAUAGAUAGUCUUAUAAUGCUGAAUGAGAAAAUCUGUUAUUCAAAUACUGAUAAAUUGAAGUUAAGUUCCAUAGCAAAUGAUUUUCAGAGUCUAUGACUAUUGACUAAUCCA